AUGGCUGAUACCACUGGUUAAAUAGCCUUUGAACAUCUCAUUGAUAAUAGGCAGGAUGUGAGGAUAAAAAAAGAAUUGAUAAAACUUUUUCCAAAAGAAUAAAAUCUAAAAGUAUUCGUGAUGAAAGGUGAAAAUUCAAAAUAAAUAUAAAAGAUACUAAAAGAAAUUCAGAUCAUUAGCAAAAGGACCUAAAACAUUGAUGAAAAAAAUGCUAAAGAAAAUAAAAAGCAAUAGAAAUUAAAAGAACACUAGCAAUAGCAAAGAUAAAAUUACAGAAAAAUGUGCUUAAGAAAUAGAAAAAAAUCAAGAUGUCAAGUAAAAUAUUAUUUUGAUGAAAGGCUAAGAGAACAAUUGAGAAAUGGAUAUGCAAGAAAUGA